AUGCUCUCGAAGGAAGAGAUUAAGCAAGUUUGGAAGUCUAUUAGCACCGGCAAUGAUAGAAAACAUUACAACUCGUUGGUGAACCUAAUCCAUGGGUACAAUGAACUUCUAAAGGAAAACGAAUUGUUGCACAAUUUGGAAGAUGAUUACCGUUAUAUGACCAUUGCUUUGAGUCAGAUUUUCAUCAAACUUUUUGAGCGUGGUCAAUUGAUGCCUCAUCUUGCAUCCAAUGCCAAUGAAAAGAAAUUCUUUGAAUGGUGUAAGAAACUAUAUUUAAAUUAUAAGGUUAAGUUAUUGGCUAUCAUUACAUCUUUGCAUGAAGUUAACUCGUUGAGUUUAGAUUGUUUGGACUCAUAUAUGAAAAUGCUUCACCAUGAAUCGAUAUAUUGGGCUUCGAAACCAAAUAGUCCUUUCUUUCCAAAUAAGACUUUAAGAUCGUUACUAGUGGCUCUUUUCCAUUGUAACUUUGAAGGUGAUAUCGGUUUCAAAGAUGGUCAGAGCGAGAAUCCCGUGUUUAAUCUAUUUGUGGAAGCCUAUUAUAAGAAGAAUUUCGAUAUUCAAUUCUACACACAAUCAGAACUGAUAUCGUUGUUACCAGAACUUGAUGGCCAAACAUCUGACGAAAUUUUGAUGUCUAAAUGGUUGGCUUUAUGCAACAACGAUGUUCAGGGAUCACCAGACUUGGAAAUAUUCGUAUCUGUGCCCCCACAAGCCAUCGAGAAUGAUGCUAAGUUUAAAUCCAACCUCGAAACAAAUUGGUUGCACUGUCUAAAUUUAGCCAACUUAUCCAGUAGCCAAUAUAAAACUGUGCUUUUAGUGCUACACAAGAGAAUUAUAGUAUGGUUCCAUCAACCAACAAAGCUUAUGGAUUUCCUUACCGACUCUUACAACCAAGGUGGUAUCGUUUCAAUCCUUUCAUUAAAUGGUUUGUUUGAACUUAUGAAAAAAUACAACCUAGAAUAUCCAAAUUUCUACUCAAAACUAUAUCAGCUUCUAACUCCAGAAGUAAUGCACGUUAAGUACAGAUCAAGAUUUUUCAGAUUAGUGGACACCUUUCUAUCUUCUACACAUUUAUCCGCACAACUGGUAGCGUCAUUCAUCAAACGUUUGGCACGUUUAUCCGUAUCGGCACCACCAGGUGCUAUUGUUUCUAUAAUACCAUUCGUGUACAAUCUAAUCAGAAAGCAUCCUACAUGUAUGAUUCUAUUACACGAUCCAGAAUACAUCGACUGCGAUUCAAAGAAAAGGCAAGAAUAUCUAGAUCCAUUCAACAAUGAAGAAACCAAUCCAGAACUUACAAAUGCUCUUUCCUCCUCAGUAUGGGAGCUAGAAACGCUAAUGAAUCACUACCAUCCAAACGUAGCCACUUUAGCGAAGAUUUUCCAACAACCUUUCCAAAAGUUAAGCUACAACAUCGAAGAUUUCUUAGAUUGGUCUUACGAUUCACUUUUGCAAGCAGAAACCAAUAGAAAGCUGAAGAUCCAACCUGCUCUUGAAUUCGAAAGGUUUGAAACAAUUUUCGAAUCAGGUUCUGAUUCAGCAUUCCUACCCUUCAUAAAAUGGUAA